GCUAACAACACGCUGUCGCGUUUUGCUCUUCCCUUUGCUUUACACUAGUCAACAUGGUUGAAGAACUGACGCCCGUUUAUUUCGCCGUUGGACCCAAUGCUCGUGAAAUCACCUGCCCGUACUGCAAGGUGCUGGCCAAGACACGGCUGGUACGCUCCUGGUUACGCUGCUGCACUAAACGUCAUCAUUGCGGCGCUUGCGGCGAAUAUUUGGGCGUCUACAAGAGACCCCAGCUAUGAGCAACCACAACACUUUUGAGUUUUAUAUAGUAAAAUAAAU